GAUACAUAUAUAUACAUACGUAUAUACAAAACCAUCCAAGAUUUCUUGAAUCCUUAUUUUCAAUGGAAGCAGGACUUCCUAUGUUAACUUGUCUCAUACAACACACCUUAAAAAAUCUCUGCACUUGUUCUUCAUCAGAUUCUUCUUCAUCAGAUCCCAAAUGGGUUUAUGCCGUUUACUGGCGAAUCUCACCGAGAAUCUACCCUCCUCCGAAGUGGGACUAUGAAGGCGGAGUUCUUGAUCGAGCCAAAGGAAACAAACGAAACUGGAUUCUUGUUUGGGAUGACGGGUUUUGUGAUCUUGAUGAAUGCGAGCGGGUCGGGAAUCAUGGAUUCUUGAAGAGUAGGUUUGGAGCUGAUGUCUUUUUCAAACUGUCCCAUGAGGUUUACAAUUACGGAGAAGGAUUGAUCGGCAAAGUCGCCGCAGAUAAUAGUCACAGAUGGGUGUUCAAAGAUGGAUCAAAUGAGAACGAUCCCAGCUUCAUUUCAUCGUGGAAUGCAUCUAUUGAUCUUCAACCAAAAGCUUGGGAGUUCCAUUUCAAUUCGGGGAUUAAGACGAUUGCAAUCAUAUCUGUCAGAGAAGGCAUCAUCCAACUAGGUUCAUUUGAUAAGGUUCUUGAAGAUCUGAAUCUAGUGAUAAGCAUUCAGAGGAAAUUCAGCUACUUACGUAGCAUCCCAGGGUUAUUCUCUAUUCAAAGACCAUUUUCUACCAUACAACAUUUGUACAACCCACUUAAGCACAAAGGAGUUAUUGGUGGUAAUGUCAUUGGAUCCGAUGAAGCCCAACAAGUAAUCGGGUCAAAGGUCAACAUCCGUGGUGGAGAAAGUCAACUUCACAAGGGUCCGAUCUUGUCAUUUGGUUCGGGUUACAAUAUCCAAGAAAUCGGGAGAACCGGGUCCCACGGCCCACCACUUUGGCCCAUUCCUCCCCUCUUGCCCUCCAACUUCGAAUCUCAACUAGACAAAAUGCCUUCUUACAAUGACCCGAUCCGGAUUCGCAACGAUGGCAUAUCUCAAGUCAAGGAUCCGGAUCAAGAAAGGAAGCACGGGUGCUUUGACCCGAAUCAGAACUUGGUUGUGGAAUUAGGGUUUGGACCCAAAAGGAUAGCACAGGAAAGUGAUGUAAAAUCUCAAUUAAGUUAAUAAGGACAAAUUUGCAAUUAUUUGGGUAUGAUUUUGAUUGCUUUUGUUCCAAAACUAGAAUAAUUUUUAUUUUUUGUUUUUUUA